CUUCAACAAUGGAGCCUCUGCUAGGGUUUACUGAACCACCUGCUAACGACGUCGUUCUGGACCAAUCACACAGCUUCAAAUUGGUACCAUGGAUUAGCUGGGACGAGUGGGAAUUUGUCAGAAUCUCCCUCUUCUCUUCUUCUCCACCAUCCGUUGCCUCAGCUCUCCAACGAAUUACGGCUUGGCGGAGCAAGGGAUGCCUGCCUGUAGUGGUUGAAGUCACUGCGUCAAUUGUAGAAAUUCAGCAGAAAGAUCCCUUUUUUAGGCAUGACUUACCUGGAGAAGCUGUGGACUCAGAGGAAAUGCUGGCCAUGUUGUAUUGUAUGGCAAUCAUGAGGCUAGUCAAUGGUAUCAUUGAGAAAACUCGCAAGAAGACAGAGGUCUCAAUAGCAGAGGCUGCUGGUGCUAUUGGUAUUCCACGUAUGCUGAUAGAUAUUCGUCAUGAGGGCUCUCAUCGUGAUCUCCCUUCUCUUCACCUGGUUCGUAUUGCCUCCAUGAAGGCACUUGAUUGGUUGAAAGAAUAUUACUGGGAACCUCAGAAGAAUGCUAUUCCAAAUCAAGCAGACGUAAUUAGCAAUGCUAGAGUGGAAAUUAAGCAUAGGUUAUAUGAACUGGCAUCUUGUUUGAGAGCAAAGUGCGGCUUGAGAUCAGGCUCUUCACUAGUUAAAGGGAAACGAUUUAAGCAUUUAGAAUGUCUUCAUGGGCCUAACAAAUUUCUCUCUUUAAUGGCCAUGAAGUAUACCAAUUCUAAAUCUUCUGUUUCUAAGAAACAGGUAAACAAGCUGUUAAAGAAUGUUCGACGGUUAUAUUCUUCCUUCUCUGGAGAAGUAGUAGAUGUUCUACUGGAACUCUUGCUGAAGGCAAUGGAUUUGUCAAACAUGGUGGAGCUCUGUGAGAAUCAAGAAACCCGUCAUAGAUCUGAGACUAUACCAACUGUGUCCAAUGCAUGGAAACCUGUUGUCAUAAAAUUGUUCAAGAAGGAACCAGAACUGCUUUGGAGUCUUCUGAAGGCUGUGCUUAUAAAGAUUGAGACCAAGGGAGGCAACAACAAUGAAAUAGAUGAGCACCUCUCCUCAGCCCAUAUUGAUGAGUCUCACCAAAUUGAACAACUUGCUACUCUAUUUGACUGGCUUGUCAGACAUCUUAGUGCAGUGAAACCUUUGGAGCUCAAAAAUUCUGCUGCCGAAUGUGAAGAUUUUCUUAUAGAGAAGAAUCAUCCUAAAGCAACUAUUUUUGAGCUUCUACGUAAAUGUCUUGUCACCUGCUCUCACAGCAACCUUCAGCUGAGGACUUCUGCUCUUGUUCUUGCCCGUAUGCUGGGAGAUAGAUCUUUGAUUUCUAAACUUGAGAAACUUUUACAGCUGACUGGACCGGAUCUGGAUGUUAGUGAAGCUUUCCCUUCCAAUGAUAGUGUCUCUGAGAACUUCCUUUCCCAUGAACAAGAAUCUAUUGAUUUUGCUGCCAGAAGCCUUGAGUUAAUCAAACUUCAUCGGAGGAAGACUGAGAAUUUGAUGUCAACAAACAACAAUGAGAAAAAUACGAGAUGGGUGAUUGUAAAAUCUUGGAAUCCAUGUCCCAUUGGUAUGUUGCCUCAGUCCCUUGGUUCUGCUGGCCGAUUUCCAGAUCUUGACUGCAACUUUGAAGCUCCUGAAAUCCCAACAUUAGCAAUUAGGAAAGAUCAGUGGGAUCCAAACCAAUGCUCUAAGAAGAGAGAACCUCAUUCUGUUGCCGAUGAUUUAGAUAAGAUGAAUGUAAAGAAAAUAAGAAAGACAAUAGAGGGUUGUGAAAUAGAUGACCAGGAAAAUCUUACUUCCGAAGAUAUCAAGGGGCAUAUGAUGAUAGGUGGAGUAUGGAAGAAAGCUAGUGAGGAAGAACUACUUGCCAUUGCAUCAGCUGUAAGGAUUUUAGUUUAGAGCAACUCUAGUGGUUUUUGUCGGAGACGGAAGUCACGGAACAGCAAUUUUGAUCCUUAGUUUUCAACUUCAAGAAAUCUGAUUCCUUGUCUGUCCCUUGCCCCUUUCUGUUGUUUUAUAUUUUACUAAUGUUGUAUUCUUUCAUCUCGGUGGUUGUUACUUGUCGUUGCUCUGCUAUAGCUUUUCUUUCUGUUUGUAUGCCAUUGUAAUGUUGUAGAUAUGAAGGCUACAAGCAAAGUUAUUCCAUCCUGAUUUUGGCCCUA